CUGGAGCAGCCAAAAGUUAGCUUUUGACAGAGCUUUGAAGAGACAGCGUUUCUCAGAAUGGAGGGGAAAAACACUGGAUUCCUACUGACCACCACCAUCCUUCUGGAGCUGCUACUGUUCCCCAGUGGAAAUGGAGAAUGCCCAGUCCAGCUUCACCCUUCUUCAGUGGUGGUGAGAUAUGGAGAUUCAGCAUCAGCAAACUGCACUGUGUCUGAAGGUCACCUGGGGAUCGGCUGGGAGGCUUCAAAAGGAUCUGUAGAUAUGGUACAAGAUGUCCAGCUUAUUACCUGGAGAGUGGAGAACCUGACAGACUGGCAUAUUGAACCAAAGUGCUUUGGGAACUUCAUGAAUGGUACAGACUUUGACCAGUGUAUGGAAGUGCUCCAGGUCACUCUCUACAAGACUCCAGACAGUGUGUCCAUCAGCUCUGUGUAUCACACCGGCGCGAUGGUGGAGGGGAGACAGUACCAGCUCCAGUGUGAGGUCCAGAACAUCGCUCCUGUUCAGAGCCUCACUGUGAAGUGGUACAGAGGGGAGAUAUUAGAGCGUGAAAGCUCCUUUAACCACAGCAGUAAGACACCUCUGACUGUGUCCUCUACCUUCACAAUCAUGCCCAGCAGAGCUGACGAUGGAGCUCAGUACAGCUGUGUGGCAGAGCUGGAACUGGGACCUGAAGGACAACAACCCCCCCCUGAAGUGAGAUCUGAGCCCCUCAAAAUCACUGUGCACUAUAAACCCUCGAUCACAAAGUGUCCAAACCCAGAGGAGCUGAGGGAGGGUGACUCUCUAGGUGCUCUCCUGUUUAUAACUGAGGGGAACCCCUCCCCCAGGAUCACAUGGUACAGAAACCAAUCAGAGGUCAGCAGCGCCACACCCCUGACCAGGAAGGACUCAGGGCAGUACAUCCUCACAGCCAGAAACAGCCUGGGCAGCAUCAACUGCACAUUCAGCCUCACAGUGUCAUGCAAGGGAGAGACAUGCAACACAGAAAACAUCCACUCCUCAGCCAUACCAGCCCGUCUAGCGCCACCUGCUGGGAGGACCGGCCUGCUGAUCAUCCCUGUGAUGAACUGCUUGUGUUUCUGCCGAGGAGUCUUCAGCAGGAGCUCUUCCUGAGGCGAACUAUGAGCCAGAGAGAACGAUCCCACAUCAAACAGCCGUGCACCAUGAUCAAUCAGAGCAAAGUUAAAAGUACAAAUCAUUCCCAAUCAUUAUGUGGAUGUUAUUGCAUCAGCUUUCAAAUAGUAAAACCUCAACCCAACAAUUUGUUGUACUGUGCAAAGACCUAAUUAAACCCAUCUGUGCAAAUGUGGAAGUGAAAGUUUGUGCAUGUGGUGUGAGAUAGCUGGGCUAUUUAGCGUGCGUACAGCUGGAACCUAGUGAUAGAGUCUGUUGUGCUAGCUGCCUUCAUGCGUUUGUGAGAUAAUGUCAGAUAUUUGAUACACUUUAACAAGUAAUUAUAGUAAAGCUGCUUAGUUCUUAGUUCUGACAUUCCAGUCAAACAACACACUGCCAGUUGGAGGAGCCUGAAACCACUAGUAAGAAAAAUGCAAUUCAUUCAACUAUAGAAACUGCUGACUAGUAGCUAACUUGUGUUGUGCUUUAGCUUACAUAUUAACAACACACUAAGCUUUAAAAUUCUCAUGCAAACUGAAUAACCCACUAUUGCUUCAGUUUUUCCAAAAUUGUUACUUUGCUAAAGGGGUAUUUUAAACCCUUAAAGAAUUUCUGUUGUAAUGUUGUGGUAGCUGCUUGCAAUCACUAGUUACAUUAACGAUGUGUUUUAAAUCUUGCCAAAAGUUGACCAGUUGUGGAGGCAUCACGUCGAGUCUACAUGUUGAGUUAAGGAGAUGUAGGCAUUUGAUAUUGUGCUGCCUUAAAACAUUGUAGCUGGAUUGAGUGAAUAAACUAUGACUUAUAUAAGCCAGUAACUUGUGCAAAUUUGCAUGAACAUUUUUCUUUAGGGAAUUAAAGUCAAAUAUAUUAGGGAAGGGGGAAUGAAUUGCUGUGUUUUUGCUGAAACCAUCCCUGGGACUUGAGGUGUACAGAGGAAAUAGAAGUAUUUUCAUAUGAAAACGUCUUUGUAUGAGAAAUGGAUUAAACAACUAGUUAGCGAGCACAGUGGAUAUGUUUCGUUAGACAGAUAUUUAGCAAGCUGUGAUAGCUGAAAACAAAAUCAAUGGCAUGACAUUUUAAGAUUCAAAAAAGGAAAAUGAGCCAGAUGUCAAACUUUAUGAAACUGAAGGUGAAGGAUGAUGCUGGCUCACUCUAAGUUUGAUGCUUGUUUUGGGUGAGCUGGACACAGUCCAAUAGCCAUGAAAUGAAAGUUUCUGUACGGAGAUAAAUUACUCCCUCCGUGUGUGAACACUCAUCC